AUGGUGACUCUCCUCCCUCUUAGGAAGCAGGACUCAUCCAUACACAUUCUUAACAUCUACAGUUCGCCCAAACUGCCCAACAUAACAUACGCCGACAUCUUUAGCAAAGCUCACACGGUGGCAGGCAAAGAACCACUAGUCAUAGUAGGCGAUUUCAAUGCCCCCAGCUCUCACUGGGGUUAUCGUCGGGAGGAACGACGUGGUCGGAAAUUGGCGGAACUCAUUUCCACCAUGGGCCUAACCACCCUGACGGACCCCACACACCCAACCCGCAUUGGAAACUCUGUUACCCGAGACCCAUGUCCCGAUCUCACACUCACCAAAAACAUCAAACACGCAGAUUGGCUCAAUACCGAGGAAACCCUCGGUAGUGACCACUGCAUUGUCAUUACCACAAUCCGGACACACCCCCUUACUCGUCCCCACCACCAAGCGAAACUUCCAGACUGGACCAAAUUUCGCUUGGUAUACUCUAAUCCGACCCCCACAGCUCACCAAGGAUACUACACUUGGUCCCAACAUCUCGUAAACUCACUCCACAAAAUCGAGCAGACGGUUCAACUUUCAGAGGCCACGCCGGCGGUAGACAACCACCUCCUGCAUCUCUGGGAGGCUCGGCACAGCCUAGUGCACCGAUGGCGCCGACAGAAACACAACCGACAGCUCAAAAUCCGCAUAGUGGCUCUCACCGUAGAGGCCGACGAGUGCGCGGCCCAGCUCGCCGACUCAAACUGGGUAGAGCGCUGCAACACUGCCGCCACACAGAUGUCAAGCCGCAACACCUGGCGUCUCUUUAGGGCUCUCAUAGACCCUAGCCAAACACGCACAGAAACACAGAAACACCUUCAGCGCGCGCUUCACGCCUAUGCGGGUGACGCGGAAAAAUUGGCACAGGCUCUCAGAGACAAAUAUCUCUGUAGCCAACAGGACCCCAUCGGACCGGCGUAUUCAUAUGCAGGCACGGAAAACGCCGAGUUGUAUCGUUGCUUUCAGCUCCACCAUCUGAAGGCGGCCCUGUCCAAAAUGAAACGAGGCACAGCGCCAGGUCGGGAUCGAGUGACGGUUCGGCUCCUAGCCAACCUCCCUGACUCGGCGUACAUUCACCUCCUCGACUACUUCAAUCAGAUCUGGGAGGGGCGUGAACCCCUACCGCUCGAUUGGAAAACGGCCCUAGUAACUUCCAUCCCUAAAUCAGGCAAAUCUGUAAACAUCGACAAUCUCAGACCAAUUUCCCUAACCUCAUGCGUAGGGAAACUUAUGGAAGCCAUGGUCCGGGACAGGCUCUCUGAAUACUUAGAGGCCCGACACACAUUUGCAGACACUAUGUACGGCUUUCGCCCACAUCGCUCUGCUCAGGACAUCCUCCUGCAACUCCAUCGUGACGUUGUCGAACCGGUCGAACAUCCCAGUGACGACAAGGUAGUCCUCGCCUUAGAUCUCAAGGGAGCUUUCGCUAACGUUACCCAUGACAUCAUUCUUACCAACCUAUCCCAAACAAACUGUGGGCAUAAUGCUUUUAGGUACGUCCACCAAUUCCUCAUAGAAUGGCAGACAUACCUGCGUAUUCAAGACAAGGAGCAUGGACCGUACCCCCUCGGUACGCACGGAACACCACAGGAAGCAGUCCUCUCCCCUCUUCUGUUCAAUCUUGCCAUGGCUCACCUUCCCUCAUUGCUAAACGAUGUCCCAGGCGUGCAGCACGCUCUGUACGCCGACGACAUCACGCUAUGGGCAACUCAGGGUUCCCUUGGUAGCAUCGAGACAUGCCUGCAACAUGCCGCGUCGAUAGUUGACAGCUACGCCCGCGGCUGCGGUCUCGACUGCUCACCCACCAAAUCGGAAUACGUGCAUCUUCGCCCCAAACCGAACGACACGACACAAAUUGAACUCACCUUGUGUAACAGGGCCAUUCCGGAACGCGACGAAAUCAGAGUCCUGGGACUCUUCAUACACGAACACCGCAAAAUUGACACCACUCUGCGCAAACUACGCACUGUGGGGGAUCAGGUGGGCCGCAUGAUCCACCGGGUUUCGAACAAGCGAGGAGGUCUCAAGAGCCGUGCUGCUCUGCGCCUCGCCAACGCUUUCAUGACCAGCCAGAUCCUCUAUUUGACACCUUACCUGCGUCUGCGUAAAUGCGACGAGAAUACACUAGACUGUAUACUCCGCAAAAUUUACAAACGUGCCCUAGACCUCCCCAUCUCAACGUCGAACCAACGUCUCGCAGACCUGGGCAUGACAAACACGUACGGGGAACCUAAAGAGGCUCAUCUCAAUAACCAGUACCUGCGCCUUAGUAGGUCUCAGGAUGGGAACAACCUCCUACACCGCCUUCACAUUUCCAACACCCACAAGGUGGAAGAGCGUACCGCGAUCCCCGAAGAUUGGCGUGGUGCACUGAUCAUUCCGCCUCUGCCCCAAAACAUGACAAAUGGGACUCACGAUGGACGGCGUACAGCGCGGGCUACAGCCCUACAGCAACGGUAUGGCUCACGCCCAGGAGUCUUCUACACGGACGCAUCCGGCCCCCACCACGGUGGGUGGUACACGGCCGCUGUGGUUCACCAAAAUGUACCUAUUCAAGGGUCACCUUUCGGACACCGGACAUCACACACGCGGAGGAGGUCGCCAUAG